AUGAAGGUCGUUGAGGAAGGUUCUGAUCGAAGUGCAGAGAUGGGUAUUUGCAUUGAAGGCAGCGCCGAUCGUCUGCCCGAGUAUGGAGAAUAUGUCGAUCCGGUUGACCAUGCAAUAUGUUCGUAUAUCCCUUUGGAGAAAGGACAGAAGCCAAGGUUCAGUGGAAAAUUCAAAGGAACUACACUUGACAUCGUGUGCGACGCCUUUAUGGAUGGAAUACUCCGCAAAUCCUACUCCUAUGGCGCCAAGGCUGUACGAUUCCAAAAGGGUAAAAAGAUAGAAAUCGACAAGUUCCUGUUCAAGACAGAGGACGGAUUCAUUGAUUCCCAGAUGGUGGUCUCUACUCUGGGCAUGCCCACGACUCAAUCGGAUUCACCAGAGACUAUUGGGACUAUGGAGCUCCGACUCUACUGCACGCGUAAAAUCGGCGUCUCCCAUGAAGUCAAGGGUAUUAAGCAGUAUUACACUGGAGACAAACAAGAUUCGGACAACGAGGAGAGCGAGACGCCCGACAAUGAAGACGGCCAGAAGCACGACAACUCCAAUAAGGGCAGUGAGGAGACCAAACAGAUUGUGAGCUACAGGCAGAUUGCACCCACGUCUCAACUCGACAUAGAGAGAAAUUCUACUCCUAUCAGCGUACGAACAGUAGCCAGUCACUACAACAAGAUGGGUUUAUCACGACCGGGCGAAGAGCCUUGGGCGAUAUUCCGGUUCCAUUACCGCAGUAAAGAAGCGCUCGAAAGCUCCGGUGUGAAACAAAGUGUCACCCUCGCACUCCGGCUACAAGUGAAGGACCCUUUUCAAAGUGAACCUGGGGCCAAACGUCUUUCCGCAACUACCAAGGAGACACUUCCUGAGCCAAAACGUCUAAAGGUCCUCCCGCCCUCACCUUCCUCAACAGCCAGCUCUCUUAAAAGCCAACUUGCUGAACGCCGCAAGAAGCUUGCAGAGUUGCACAAGAACCACCGCCAGGAAGCUGAGACCUUAGCUACUAUCCAGAGAAAGAUAGAGCCCUACGAACAGCGUAUGGUGGAGGAGCUGGAGCGCAUCAACCAAGAGAUAACAGAGGAGGAGACAGCACUUAAAGAAGCGGUGGAGCGUCGCAGCCACUUCGAGAAAGUGCUCCAGGAGUUUGAAGAUAGCCAAGAUGAUGCCCAGAACUAG